CCCUCAUACCUCAGAGAAGAACCACCACUGAGUCCUGAAGAGGGGCGGUGCUGCCUCCUCUCCUCCCCCAGGCUCCUGGCCCUCUCUAGCGGGGAGGCUGGCCCGGGGCGUGCGCUCCCCUCUCCAGCUCCCAAAAACACGGAGGGGCGGGGGGAGACGGACAGACAGAAAGGAGCAGAUAUCUUCGCUCAAAGGAAUAGGAAGAGUACAUUCAGACUACAAGGUAUUGCUAUAGCUUCUCUCACGUUCCCUCAAACAGCAGAGCACGGUCUUGUUUUUAGGCGCAGUGUUCCAUCUGUGGUGCCAAGCCAGGAAGAUGCCCAAUCCGGCGACAUGCCCCUUCCCAGGCUCCCGGCUGUGGCUGGUAUCCGUUGCUCUGAUGGUGCAGUCGGUGAUCUCCUCUUCUUCGACCUACCAGAGACCUGCACCCGGCGGCGGGGGGAAGAGAACGGGGUUCAUGGAGAGGACGCUCAUUCUUCUGGACGUCAACACCCGCAGUCCGGUUCAAGUUCUAAAUGACAACUUCCUCUCUUUACAGUUGGAUCCGUCCAUUAUAAAGGACGGGUGGCUGGACUUUCUGAGUUCCAAGCGUUUGGUAACCCUAGCCCGAGGUCUGUCCCCAGCCUAUCUGAGGUUCGGAGGAAAGAGAACUGACUUCCUCCACUUCCACAACUUGAAGAACCUUGCCAAAUUCAGAGGCCCCGGCCCAGAUUACUACCUAAAAAACUAUGAAGAUGACAUAGUGCGUAGUGACAUCGCCCUGGACAAGCAGAGGGGCUGUAAGCUGGCCAACCACCCUGACAUGAUGCUGGAGCUGCAAAGAGAGAAGGCAGCUCAGAUGCAGCUUGUCCUCCUCAAAGAACAGCUCUCCAACCUCUACAGCAACAUCACAAUAACAGCCAGGUCUUUAGACAAACUGUACAACUUUGCCGAGUGUGCUGGUCUGCAUCUGGUCCUGGGGCUCAACGCCCAGCAGAGAAACCCUGACUCCUCCUGGAACUCCUCCUCAGCACUCAGCCUCCUCAAAUACAGCGCCGGGAAGAAAUACAACAUUUCCUGGGAACUGGGCAACGAGCCUAAUGGCUACCGUAGCAUGAUGGGUCAGACAGUGAACAGUACCCAGCUAGCCCAGGACUACACCCUGCUGAGAACGUUACUACAGUCUGUACGCUACUAUAGCCGAGCACACCUCUUGGGCCCGAACGCUGGACGACCACGCAAAAACGCCAUUCUGCUGCUCGAUGGGUUCAUGAAGAACGCUGGUUCUGUUGUGGAUGCUGUAACGUGGCAACACUACUACAUGGAUGGCAGAGUGACCAAAGUAGAGGACUUUCUGAAGACACGCCUGCUGGACACCCUGACCGAACAGAUCACCAAAGUACUCAAGGUAGUGAAUAGCCAUGUACCUGGUAAGAAGGUGUGGUUGGGGGGAGUAGGUCCGGCGUGGGCUGGAGGAACCAAUAACCUCUCUGAUACCUAUGCUGCUGGCUUUCUGUGGCUGAACACUCUGGGCAUGGCAGCGGUGCAGGGGAUUGAUGUUGUCCUGCGACACUCGUUCUUUGAUUAUGGAUACACACACCUCGUAGACCAGCACUUUAACCCACUACCGGACUACUGGUUGUCCCUGGUGUUCAAGCGUCUGGUCGGUCCCAGGGUGUUGGCAGUGCGGGUAGCAGGCUUGCAGAGGAAACCACGACCAGGGAGGGUUAUACGAGACAAACUACGGAUCUACGCACAUUGUACCAGCUUCCACAAUCGUAACUACGUGAGAGGAUCCAUAACGAUCUAUAUCAUCAACCUGCAUCGGUCCAGGAAGAAAAUCAAGCUGGCGGGAACCUUACGUAACAUGACUGUCCAUCAGUACCUGGUACAGCCCUAUGGGACAGACGGACUUCACGCCAGGUCAGUCCAGUUGAAUGGAGAAAGGUUGUUGAUGGUGGACAAUGAGACAUUUCCGGAGUUGAAGCCUCGGACACUGCGGGCGGGAAGGACAAUAGCCAUGCCCCCUAUGACCAUCGGCUUCUACGUCAUCAAGAACAUCAACGCUUACGCCUGCCGCAAAUAAUACUCAACACACUCCUCCUCACCCUUCACCCCGAAAUCCUUCACCCUCCCCCCACACUCCUCACCCCCUAGCCCUCAUCCCUCACCCCCUAGCCCUCAUCCCUCCUCACCCCUCACCACUCCCACCAUUUCCUAAUACCGGACCACCUCCUCACCCCUCACCACCCCCACCAUUUCCUAAUACCGGACCACCUCCUCACCACUCACUACCCCCACCAUUUCCUAAUACCGGACCACCUCCUCACCCCUCACCACCCCCACCAUUUCCUAAUACCGGACCACCUCCUCACCCCUCACCACCCCCACCAUUUCCUAAUACCGGACCACCUCCUCACCACUCACUACCCCCACCAUUUCCUAAUACCGGACCACCUCCUCACCCCUCACCACCCCCAAACUUUUCCUAAUACCGGACCACCUCCUCACCCCUCACCACCCCCACCAUUUCCUAAUACCGGACCACCUCCUCACCACUCACUACCCCCACCAUUUCCUAAUACCGGACCACCUCCUCACCCCUCACCACCCCCAAACUUUUCCUAAUACCGGACCACCUCCUCACCCCUUGCUCCACUUAUCCUUACUUCCUAGCCCUCAUCCCUCCUCACCCCUCACUCCACUUAUCCUUACUUCCUAGCCCUCAUCCCUCCUCACCCCUCGCUCCACUUCUCCUUAUUUCCUAGCCCUCAUCCCUCCUCACCCCUCACUCCACUUAUCCUUACUUCCUAGCCCUCAUCCCUCCUCACCCCUCGCUCCACUUCUCCUUACUUCCUAGCCCUCAUCCCUCCUCACCCCUCGCUCCACUUAUCCUUACUUCCUAGCCCUCAUCCCUCCUCACCCCUCGCUCCACUUAUCCUUACUUCCUAGCCCUUACUUUCUACCUUCUGGUUCGUUAUCACUAUUCCCUAGUCCCUGGUCUGACUCUGAAAGGCUUGCUCUUUGUCCAAAACAAGGGUUGCACUGAAUACCUUUCAAUCGCUCUCUACACCAACUCCCCAUGUGUUGUGAGAUGGACAGUGAUUAUUCUACUAUGUGAUUUUGUAUUGUUUUGUAAAAAGGUUAUUGAGUUUUGUUAUGACAGUACUUCUAUGUCAGAAGGUUGUAUCAUCCUCCAACAAUACUUCUCUUCCAUGUCUUUGAUCAUCAGAUCUACUAACGGUCACUCAGCUUUGUAUCUGCCAACAACUCUUAUUGUUUCCCCCGCAAACUCCUUUCAACUCUCUGUUGUUGAUACUCACAAACUCCUGGCAGACGGUUAGACAGAAAGAAGAGAAAACAUGGAGAAAACACAACCAGUCAACCGCAGGGCAUGUGUUAGCUCCAACAGCCAUGUCUGCUGUCUGAUUGAAUUAUCUGUGUGUGUGUGUGUGUGUGUGUGUGUGUGUGUGUGUGUGUGUGUGUGUGUGUGUGUGUGUGUGUGUGUGUGUGUGUGUGUGUGUGUGUGUGUGUGUGAAUACCCCUGCUGAUGAGCCUGUCCUUGUCUACCAUGUCCAUCAGGGAAAACAUUUUAUCUUGCUUUCUGAAACAGCUCGGCUUACAUCUAUAACUAAACGGUUCAUUGGUAAUUGGGAAUCUCUUUGUGGUAUGUCUGUUGUCUGAAUGACAGUUUAAGGCAGCGAUGCACAUCCAGGGCUGGGGAGUAACUGGUUACAUGUAAUCUGAUUUAUUAUUUUUGUAUUAAUGUGUUCAGUUACAUUACCAGCAAAGAUAUUGUAAUCAGAUUACAGAUACUUUUGAAAAACUAGAUGAUUACUUAUUGGAUUACUUUUAAAUUCAGGAAGGUUGUUUGUGGAAAAAAAUAAAUUGACACCUUUCUGUUUUGUCAAUGACAUAAAAAAAAAAGUCUCAAGUUUAAGUUUGUUCCAUCGUAGACACACCAAGGGGGAAGUAAUCCAAAAGUAACUGAAAGUAAUCAGAUUACACUACUGAGUUUGGGUAAUCCAAAAGUAACGUUACUGAUUACAAUUUUGGACAGGUAACUAGUAACUGUAAAAGAUUACAUUUAAGAAAGUAACCUACCCAACCCCGUCACAGCAGAGUAUCCAUCUUCAGAAAGAAAAGAAAGGGACAGAGUCGGGUUACUGGUUACUGGUCAGGUCACUGGUUUAAUGUUCAUUUUUCUGUAAUACGAAACAACAAACAUUGCAUUUACAGUAUUUCUCUCUAGCAGCCACAGCGGGGUCAAUAUGAACAUACAGUCUGCAACUGAAAACUUAUUGUCACUCAACCUCCCAUUCAUAUUUCAGAAGCAUACUCAUCACUACACGUCUAGUCCAAUGUACAGUCAUAUUAUGCUGCUAGCUUUUAUUAUUAAAUACUUAUUAAAGGGCAAUUCCAUCACUUUUCAACCUCAUUUUCAUUAUUCACAGCACAAUACAUCGGUCUACAUACUUGAAAACGGUACAUUUCUACGUUUUGUGGAACAAGUUCUACCCGAUGACACCAUUAAAAGCUAAAACAUUUUACAAACUGUGUUUCUCAAACACUAUGAGAUUUGUGGUGACAGAAGUAAGGAGAGGAAGAAAAUACCUUCCCUCUGGCUAGAAACUCGUUGGAGGUUUAGAUGUUGGUGUUUUUACCAAUAAUCCGACAAGUAUUUUUUAGGACCUUUCUUAUCUUAUUAUCUACAGAUCAUAGAAACUCACAUAUGUAGACACUGGUUUGGGACUGGAGAUAAUGAAUGUAAUGUUGAAAAGUGGCGGAAUUGUCCUUUAAGUUUGGAUUGUUUUGUACAGAAUUCCCUUAGCCGGUGUAUCAUCAUCCUAUUUGAAUAUGUAAUGUAUAUAAAAGUGUGUUAAUUACAGAAGAUGCGUGCUUGAAGUGUUUACUUACAUAUCAUUGUAAUUUAAAUCGAAUGUAUAUUUGUAUGUAAUAAUUUUUUAUGUUGAGGAAGCAAAAUGGAACUCAAUGGUACCUUUUGGGUAAGACUGAUACAGAACCCUAAGGCAAAUUGAAAAUGACAGUACAGUAAAUGGUAUGUAACUAUUCUCCAGUGUAUGUAUAGGGUUGGGAGAGGUAGAUUUGAUCAUUUUUUAUGUGUGUUAAAUAGUAAUAAGCAUAUUUUUCCUCCUCUGAAUGUGUUUCAUAGUUCAUGUAGAGUUGUUCAUAUUUCCUUUUUUUUUUUAAAUAGCAUUAUUUUAUUGUGUUAAGUGUGCAAUUGAGCAUUAUUUUUUGGAAAAUAAAAUAUAUACAGCGAUAAUAAAAUAUUUACAAUAA